CUUAUUUCAAAGAGAGAUGCCUGUCCCAUGGAAUGAUGGCAAGUGGAGGUCCAGUCCUUUGGAUGGAUACUCUCACUGAAUAUUAUAUUUUUGCACUUGUUGAUAAGUAAUUUAUUUGAGGGAAUCUUCUCUAAACAAGUUUUCAUUGGUCAACAGAAGUAAAUCUUUUUUUUUUUUCCAUGAAGAGGAUGGUGCUUGAAAUCCGAGGACACUCUCUGUCUCUCCUGUUCAGUUCUUAUCAUUAUGGGUCUAGAUAAGAGUUACUGACUUCCCACCAGUAAAUGUUGACCUCUUACUGUCAAGAAGCCUGCUAUCUCAUGUGACAAACCCCAGAUCUCCUGUUCUCUUCUUUCUCAUCACCCAUGGAUUUAACAAAGAGCUUCCAGUUGUUUGGGGUGAAAUUUGCACCCCUUGUGGUGCCUUUUGAGAGGCGGCGGCAGACGUUUGCUGCAGCUUUUUGGAUGAUGACAUUCCUCUUCUUGGGCCCUUUAACCAUCUCCACCUGUUUCCUAUUCUUCUUUUACUCUCCCCUUUCAUAUCUUGUCCUCAUAUAUCCCAUUUGGUUUCUAUAUGAUUGGCGAGUCUGUGAAAGGGGUGGCCGAAGGGUUCAGUGGAUUCGAGAAUGGAGAUUAUGGCGGGAUUUUGCCAAUUAUUUUCCCAUAAAGAUGGUGAAAACAGCAGAAUUGAAUCCAGAUAAAAACUACAUCCUUUGUUAUCAUCCCCAUGGGAUAUUGUGUGCUGGUGCAUUCUGCUGCUUUUCAUCAGAAGGCACAGACUUCUCCAAGACAUUCCCUGGGAUCACCUCCUACCUUCUCACGAUAAAGGAAAAUUAUUAUGUUCCAGGCUUCCGGGAAUUUUUCAUGUGUUCAGGGGCAGUAGCAGCAACAAAGGCCAGCAUGAACUACCUCCUCACAAAGCAGGGAACUGGGAAUGCUGUGUGUCUGGUGGUGGGAGGUGCUGCAGAAGCAUUAAAGUCUACUCCUCGUGCAGAGGAGCUCCAGGUGAUUCUUAAGGAGAGGAAGGGAUUUAUCAAGAUGGCUCUGAGGACAGGAGCAAGUUUAGUUCCGGUGUUUGCAUUUGGGGAGAAUGAGAUUUAUGAUCAAGUGGAUAAUCCAGAGGGUUCCUGGCUUCGGAAAUUCCAGGAGACAUGUAGAUCAUGGAUAGGGAUGGCUCCUGCCCUCUUCCAAGGGAGAGGAUUUUUUCAAUAUUCCUUUGGCAUCAUCCCAUACCGCAAACCCAUCAAUGUUGUCAGAGGUCUAAGAAAGAGCUUCCAAUUGUUUGGGGUGAAAUUUGCACCCCUUGUGGUGCCUUUUGAGAGGCGGCGGCAGACGUUUGCUGCAGCUUUUUGGAUGAUGACAUUCCUCUUCUUGGGCCCUUUCACCAUCUUCACCUGUUUCCUAUUCUUCUUUUACUCUCCCCUUUCAUAUCUUGUCUUCAUAUAUCCCAUUUGGUUUCUAUAUGAUUGGCGAGUCUGUGAGAGGGGUGGCCGAAGGGUUCAGUGGAUUCGAGAAUGGAGAUUAUGGCGGGAUUUUGCUAAUUAUUUUCCCAUAAAGAUGGUGAAAACAGCAGAAUUGAAUCCAGAUAAAAACUACAUCCUUUGUUGUCAUCCCCAUGGGAUAUUGUGUGCUGGUGCAUUCUGCUGCUUUUCAACAGAAGGCACAGACUUCUCCAAGACAUUCCCUGGGAUCACCUCCUACCUCCUUACGAUAAAGGAAAAUUAUUAUGUUCCAGGCUUCCGGGAGUUUUUCAUGUGUUCAGGGGCAGUAGCAGCAACAAAGGCCAGCAUGAACUACCUCCUCACAAAGCAGGGAACUGGGAAUGCUGUGUGUCUGGUGGUGGGAGGUGCUGCAGAAGCAUUAAAGUCUACUCCUCGUGCAGAGGAGCUCCAGGUGAUUCUUAAGGAGAGGAAGGGAUUUAUCAAGAUGGCUCUGAGGACAGGAGCAAGUUUAGUUCCGGUGUUUGCAUUUGGGGAGAAUGAGAUUUAUGAUCAAGUGGAUAAUCCAGAGGGUUCCUGGCUUCGGAAAUUCCAGGAGACAUGUAGAUCAUGGAUAGGGAUGGCUCCUGCCCUCUUCCAAGGGAGAGGAUUUUUUCAAUAUUCCUUUGGCAUCAUCCCAUACCGCAAACCCAUCAAUGUUGUCAUUGGCUCCCCAUUGGAUGUGGAGAAGAAGGAGAACCCCAGU